UGUGUCAAAGUGUUGCUGCCUCUUGUCACAGAGAGAACCGUUCCCUUAAAUGCAGCUGCAGUGCUUUGGUGUGAUACCUGUCAGAAUCAUUCACGGUGUGAGCUUGGGUUUGUAACCAUGAUGCCAAGAUUGGUCCUUCUCCUUUUCUGUGGAUAUAUUGCAGUAAACCUGGGAAGUGCUCAGAAAUUGCCCAGAGUGAAAAGACAGAGUCUGAAAGUUCAGAUCAAUGCAACAGACGACACUGUUUGCAUGAGGUAUCUUCGACCAAGCCAAAACACCAAACUUGAAGGUUUUGUCCUGGGUUACGGAAGCAGCUUCUUCUCUAAUCAGUACAUUCCUUUACCUUCAGAUGGAAGCACCUACAUAAAUGAACUUGAUGCAGAGCCACGGUAUUUGGUUUCAGUGAGACCAGCGCGUGUUUCAAAUAACAAGAAAUCUUGUUCAGGUCGGAACAAGAAUCAAAAGCCUCUGCAGCUGGUAGUUGGCACUCUCACCCCAACUUCUGUGUUCCUCUCUUGGGGCAUCCUAGUCAACCCUCAGCAUGACUGGACAGCAACAAGUAACUGUGCUAGCGACAGGUUCUACACUGUUCGCUAUAGAGAAAAGGAUAAAGACAAGAAAUGGGUUUUUCAGCUUUGCCCAGUUACAGAAACAGUGGUGGACAAUCUGAAGCCAAACACACUUUAUGAAUUUGGAGUUAAGGACAACAUGGAGGAUAGCAUCUGGAGCAAGACUUUCAAUCAUAAAACAGUUCUGUCUAGUAAGAAAGUAAAUGGACAACUCCAGAAUAUGUACAAAUUGGUACCUAGUACCCAGUCACAGCUUACGCUAAGAGAUAAUAAGAAGUUGGUUCCUGUUACAAUAAUCAAACAAGUUAUUCAGAAUCGGACGCAGUCAAAAACUUCAGAUAGUUCUUCUCUGCCAGGAGCAAUUCUAGUGCAUCUUAUUGUUCCAGGUCUCAAUGAAACUCAGCAAAAACUUCUUCCUCCCCUGUCAAUAGAUGACAUAAGUCAAGUAUCCAGAAAAAAACUGGGUAAGAAUGAAACUCAAGUAUGGCCUGCUGAAUCCAAAACACCAGAAGUUCAAGAAAUCUCGCCUCAGUCUCUCCCAGCUCAGGCUGAGAAAAAACACGGACCUAAGGAAUUUAAAUCAACGCCUAAGCCCGAAUUGCAAACUCAAAACAUAUUGGUUUCUAAUGAAAUACAUCCACUUCCUUCUGGAACCAGAAUCUUUGAUGCUCCAAAAAGUCCAUUGACAGAACUUGCUACUCAGAGUCCAACCUUGAAAUCUGUAUCUCUACCUUCAGCAGAUACCAGAGAGAUGGAGAUAGCUGUUGAUGAAACGCAGCCUGUUUCGUCAAGAUCCAAAACAUCUGGUACCACAGAAGUGCAGCCCACAAAAUCUGCUUCCCAUGGCUUUCUUCAUAUUACUUCUACUCCUCAAACUUUUACAGCUUCAGAAAUGACAGAUGCUGCUGGAUUUACUGCUGAUUUGGAGAUUACCAUGCCUGUAAUUACCACAGAACCGCAAUUGUUAGAAACAGCACUGGCUACUCAGAGGCCAAAGCUGAAGCCUACUUCUCCAUAUGUUGCAAUCGAAGGAAGAGUGGGGGCAACCCAGAGAAGGGGCCCGGACUUCACCUCAACUGCUUCACCGAAAGCCACGAGGACUAUGAAGGCAACCCGGAGACCGAGGCUGAAAUCCACCACUCCUUCCUCCCUGACGACCCAGCAAACUGUGAUUGAUUUUCUUUCAGCGUUUGAUGGCAAGCAGCCUGUUUCUCCAAUAUAUGAAACAUCUACCAUCCAAGAAAUGCUGUCCUCUGUACCUGCUUUCCCAAGAUCAGACCUGGAUUCAACUUCUUUUCCUUCUCUGGAAACUACAAGAACUGUGAUGGCUACUCAGAGGCCAAAGCUGAAGCCUACUUCUCCAUAUGUUGCAAUCGAAGGAAGAGUGGAGGCAACCCAGAGAAGGGGCCCGGACUUCACCUCAACUGCUUCACCGAAAGCCACGAGGACUAUGAAGGCAACCCGGAGACCGAGGCUGAAAUCCACCACUCCUUCCUCCCUGACGACCCAGCAAACUGUGAUUGCUUUCAGUGGUAUUCAGCCUGUUCUUUCAAGCCCUCUGACACCUAGUAAGCCUGAAAUAGCAGAUGCUGAACCAGCAACAAGUGAAUCCAUUCUGGAAUCUUUCACACCUAAAACUUCUCGUCCUUUUCAAUGGCCAAGGGUAACAUUAGCUCCUAAAGAAAUACCACUUACUCCUAAACUGAAACCGUCUGCUAUCCCAGAAGUACAGCAUGUGGUAACCGCUCCAAAACCCCCACUUCCAGAGCCUAAAACUUCUAAGACUGUUGAACAACAAAAAGCAACUUUAGCUCCCACAGAAGCAAAACUCACACCUUCUGCAUCUAAACCUAGACCGCCUGGCAGACCCAGAAAGCCACAAAUUAAACCUGUGGUGGAAUCUAUUACACUUAGAGUUGAACCACCAAGGUCAACAAUAGCUCCAAAGGAGUUUCCUCGCAUUCCUUCUAAACCUAAACCUUCACCCAAACCUCAUAUUCCACAGGCUAAAGAUGUCCUGGAAUCUGUAACGUUUAGAACUGAUCAACCAAAACCAACAAUAGUUCCAAAAGAAUCACAUCGUAUUCCUUCCAGACCUAGGAUACCACCAAGCUCAGAGGUGCCACAGACCAAGCCUGCUCUGGAACCAAUUACGUUUAGAACUGAAAAACCAAAGUCAACGUCAGUUCCUAGAGAGACACGUUAUGGGCCUUCCAAACCCAAAACAUCUCCCAGUCCACGUGUUCCUCCAACCAGAGCAAGUCCAAAAGAAAGUCGACGAGUCACUGCCAAGCCUAGAACAUCACCAAUUCCAGAUUUACCACACACAAAACCUGCUCCUAAAGAAACACAACAAACUUCCUUUAAACCUAAACCAGCUCCCAUUCCAGAUGCUUCACAACGCAAGCCUGGAAUCAUUCCAUCCUUCCGUGAACCUGAUUCUACUAUGAUUCCUCAAAUGCCUCAAAGAAUAAAACCAACACUGGCUGCAACUGAAAAACCAUUCAUUCAUACCAAACCAAAAACAUAUGAAAAACCAAGAGUGCCAUACACCAGACCUGCAGUACAUCAAACAACCCCGCAAACAAUUAUCACAAAAACUUCCACCACCACUGAGCAGUCAAGGGCAACAAUGGCUCCAAAAGAAACAAUGCUCCUUCCUUUCAAACCUAAAUCAUCUGUUGAGACAGAAGUACCACAGACUAAACCUGCUCCAAAGACAACACACCUGGGAUCAAUUAACCUUAUAACAGUUCAUGUUGUUGAUGGGUCCAAAAUGACUUUGGUUCCCAAUGAAACGUAUCAGAUUUCACCCAAACCCAAAACUGCUCUCACUACUGAAAUUCCAUGGUUGUAUACAGCAGGACAUAAAACACGUCUCACUUCUUUAAGACCAAGGCCAUCUGAUAAAUCACAGGCCAGACCUGCUCCAAGUAAAACCACAGUAGCACCAGCUAGAACAAAAGCACCUGGCUUGCCCAAGUGGAUUGUGCCAACAACAGAUGACAUAUAUACACCUGAGGAUAUUGCCAGACAUAUUGGCAUGGAUGUAAAAAAACCUUUGGAAUAUAUUGACACCUGGGAGAAGCCAUUCUCUGGAACUACAUCACCUAGACCUCAGCAUCCUCCUAUACCUCCUGUCAAGCCUACACCAAUGCGAAGAAAGCCUCUGCCUCCAAACACUGUGACGGGUAAACCAGGCAUACCAGCUAAACCAGCUGGACCAACAAUGCCCGUGAAGACAGGAGUGCCAUAUAAGACACCAACAGCUUUUGCAACUCCAGAGUAUUAUGUUGAUGCAACUGUCUUCAGUUCAAGCCCUACGUCAGAAACAGACUCUUCAGGCAAACCAAGGUACCUAGCACCCCAUGUCAAAUAUAUGAAGAAAGAUGAUGAUGUGCCUUGCUCUAUCACAAGCUCUCUUGAACAUUUCCCUCAAGAAGAGGCUGGCAUCAAAGAAGAACCUACUCGUCCUCCACAGAAUCCUCCCACCAACCUCACAGUUGUGACUGUUGAGGGCUGUCCAACUUUUGUCAUAUUGGACUGGGAAAAACCAGACAAUGAUACUGUUACUGAGUAUGAGGUCGUGUCAACUGAAAAUGGAGCGACUGAUGGUGAAAAGGAGAAGUCAAUUAUCACUACAAAUCAAACUCAUUCUACUGUGGAAAACCUAAAACCUGACACAAGCAAUACAACUGGUGCUGGAGACCAAGCCUUAGUUUCCUCCAUUUCAUCAACAAAUGAGGAGGCUGAGAUGAGACAGCAAAGCAAAAGAUCUCUGGACUAGCAGCUAAAGAAAGACAGUGGGCACUGCUGUUUGUGCUUUCGCUUCUAUUUUAAUCUCUGCUUUGGAAUGAGGCAGUUCCAUUCUUGAAAACCAUCUUCAGACAACUGUUUUGGGGUGGUUUUUUUUUUUUUUCCAGAAAGGAUGCAAGAUGGAGGCAGGCAGAACCAGCUAGAACUCUUGGAAAGGUCAUAAGGAGGACAGGAACUGUGGGAAAUAGAUAAGCUGGUUUAUUUAACUUUAAUUUGUAACAGUUCUGUCAAUACCUAUGAGAAGAUGUGGGAAGCAAGAGCAGAGCAGAGACCAUGGAGACCAGCUGUCUUUUGUAGUGUGGAUUUUGUGAAAAUAAACUUGAGAUCAGCACCAACAGGCAGAUGAUGUCUUAGGAUAAAGAGGAGUACCUUCACCCUGAUGAGGUGAUGGUUAUAAUCUCCAUUCCCACUCUCAAAAGAGAAAGGCAGCAAGUAUUUCUGGAUUCAGGAAGCCAUCAUCCAAAAUUGAAAAUAUUUUAUGUGAAUUGCAGUACUGCAUGUCCCUUGAGUCCCACAGGAUUUCAAGGAGGUGAAGUCCUCUGUGCAGUUCUGCUUGAUUAAAUUGCAGUUUCAAAAUGUGUGUUUCCUAAUUUUGAAGACUCAAAAGGACAAGAAGUUAUUACUGUUGCUGUUUGAAUCCAGGCUUGUUGGCACAUUAAGUUCAGGAAAAGUAAGAAAGUCAUUGAAGAUGACUGGCAUCAUGUAGACAGUGUUAGUGUUGCAAAGAAAAACGUAUAUCCACAACAAAGGUUUCCUAUUUGUCAGGAGCUGAUUGCUCACUGAUUAUGUAAAUGGCCAGGUGGGUAAAGGUGACUGAAAAUAGAAGGGAGAGACACACAGUGAAACACAACUGAAUAAUUAACAGAGUCCCUGAAAUGUCUGCAAUUUCAUCAAGUAAUACAUUAAAUCUAGGAAGUGGAUUUUUCCAUAACUAGCUUUAAAAGAAAGAGCUGUAGAAGAGGUGGAGCUGGAAAAAAAACUUGGAGCAGAAAAAGAAAUCUGACUUGCAAAGGACCAACAUUUACAAAACUACUAGCAAGUAUAUGGAAAGAGAUGCUCAGUAGCAGAAAGUGAAUUAGCUAGGAAAGAACCUCUUGGCCCUGAAACACUUUGGAGAAGCUGACGAGCUGAAUUUGAGAUUCUAGUUUUUCCAACUUUCCUGAAGCCAUCAGUGAUGCUGUGUGAAUCCCAUAUGCGGCUCUGAAGAUUCAGUGCCUCCAGAGCUGAGGAAAGUUCAAGAUUGAUCCAAUCUGGGCAGAUCUAAAUUGAGAACUGCCAAAAGGAAUAAGGAUGACUGUGAAUGUUGAAUCUCAGUUUCUGUCAGUAAAUUUUAACCAGAAACUUCCUAUGGCAGCAGAACUACAGUUCAAGCCUGUAAUUCUCCAGAAGUUUAGUCUUGAGGAGCUUUACAUGACAAAAUGGUCUGUAGCCCCCCCUUGUCCUGUUGAGGUAAAACAGAUAGGAUAUGCUAAUGCCUGGCCAGAAGCUGAAGAAUUAACUGUCCACAUCCAGGAGGACCGAAGCAACAUGAACAAAUCAUCAGUGCAAAGGGGACAGAGCAGGCAGCUGUGAAAAAUUGAGUGUAUCUGUGCCUGACAGAUCAUGCUGUUCCUUUUUUCUGUUGCAUUCUUCUUUCAAGUACAUCAUACUGCUACCUCUGGAAAGCUCUGCAGUAAGCCAGGCACCCCUAU